AUGCUCCGCUCCAAUCACCGAAUUCGAUUAUCCACUCCUAGUCUGACCGUGGCGGGUUCCGGCUUCAGGACAAUCGGCAGACUAGGGAACGACGCACUUCGAUCCUUCGCUUCGAUCCUUCGCUUCGAUCAUCCCCUCCAAUCUUUCACCUCGAUCGAUCACCCACUUCGAUCAUCCACUCCUAGUCUGACCGUGGCGGGCUUCGGCUUCAGGACAAUCGGCAGACUAGUCAGUAUCCGCUUCGAUCAUCAACUUCAGUCCUCCCUUUCGAUCACCCACUUCGAUUGUUCAUCUCAAAUAUCCAUCUCUACCACCCACUUUGAUUAUCCCCUUCAAUCACCCACUCCUAGUCUGAUCGUGGCGGGCUCCGGCUUCAGGAAAAUCGGCAGACAAGGGAACGACGCACUUCGAUCCUUCGCUUCGAUCAUCCCCUCCAAUCUUUCACCUUGA